AGUAAUUAAAAUUGAUGUAUAUGCUCUAUAAUAUCAUUACACGUCCCGCGACGGAACUUUACCAAUUCUGUUCCAGAUUACUACUUGCUGGAUGGCUCUAUACAUGUGUUUAAAUUAGGAUGAAUUUCAACCGAGAUAGCUCGGUCUAUAAUCGCCGAAGGGCGUUUAUGAAUCGAAGUUGCUCCGGGUAUUUGAAAGGGGGAAUCACCUCAACAUCGAAAGAUAGCCUUGAUGACGACAUUGAUGACGCAACCUCUGAAACGUCAUCAGUGCAAAGUACAAACAGCACAAGGAGUUAUAAAAGUUGGAGGCAAGCACACAAGAGGAGGAGAAGAGAAAAACUAGAGAGAACACAAAGUUUGUUCGGUGAUGCAACAUCAAGGGAUUAUAGGGAAGAAAGAAGAAGGCAAAUUGAUCCAUUCACAUUUGAUAUAAGAAGGACCCCAAUUCAUUCUAUGGAAGGAUCGGUAGAUCCUGGACUCAAAGAAGAUUCCAGAAAUAUUUCGUCAUCUUCCGUUGACAUCGAUAUACCUCGUCAUGACGUCACAACAGACAAUUAUGACGUCGGCCAGUUCAAUGAGCUUUCAACAAUCAUCCAAUCACCGGUCGAGCCAUUCUAUUCGUCGUCUUCACUAGAUUCAUUAUCCGAAGGCGAAUCGGGAAAACCGAAGAUUUCCGAAGACGACGUCAUUCGACAUCAGAAAUGGCCGACGUCAGAGGAGCACAAGGAGACGCGUGAUUGGUUGAUUUCAAAAUCCUCUCCGCCACCACAGAAUGAAUACGUCAUAAAAAAGAUUCCAAACGUCAUAGAGAAAUCAAAAGAAAUAACAAAAAGAUCCAAAGAACCGAACCUGGCUCUUGCGUUUGGUGCUGGAGGUCUGAACGAACUUAGCCGAAUAUUUGAAUCAAGGCAAGCGACAGGGGAACACAGUGAGGUUUUCAACCAAAUUUCUGAUGUGAAUAACUCGGUCGAUAUCAGCAUUCCCAAAGUAAUUAGUUCAACUCCAAGUUACCUGGAACAACCCGCUUCAAAUGGUCCCGCUUCCACAGUUCCUGGGGCCGAGGAUGGAAAAACAGAGGAAAAGGAUUCGGAUGUUUUACAUGGGCAGGGAAAUGAGCAUCCAGAAAAGCAACAACCCAACGAAGGAGCAGGGCAUAUCUCGCCAACUUUACCGAAUAGCUCGCACAAUUCCAACGACGUUUAUCCAGUAUUCUCGGAAGAAUUGCACGAUUCCCCUGUAGGGUUUCCAAAUCCGUCAGUAGAGUUGCCAGAUUCUGCUGUAAUGUUGCCAGAUACAUUUCCAGUGUUGCCAGAUUCCGAUGCAGUGUUACCUGAUACGUCUACAAUACUGUCAGAUUCUCCUGCAGGGUCACAAGAUCCGUCUGCAGUAUUGCCAGAUUCUUCAGCAGUGCUUCCAGAUACAUCUCCAAUGUUAACAAAUUCCCCAGCAGGGUCACCAGAUACGUCUGCAGUAUUGCCAGCAGAUACGUCUCAAGUUCCGCCAGAUUCCCCAGAAGUCCUUCAAGUUGCAUCACCAGUAUUGCCACUCUCGAUGGAAAAUCCUUCUGAGGAAACACACGUAGAAACACUGGAUACGGCACAACCAAACGAAGGCCGUAAUGAAGCAGAAGUUAAUGACGAUGCCACACAUUCAGCAAAAGAAUUGUAUCUUCCGUUGAAAACAGCCGAUAAGUUCCAAGAACAUUCCAUUCACUCAGCGUCGCCGUCAGAAGAAAGUUCGUCUUUGGUGCAAGGGUCUGUUGAGAUGAAAAAAAAACCUAGCCACGAAGAAAAUGAGGUCAAAGCUACAGAACCCGCUGGCGCUACCUUGCGAAAUAGAAAAGGGAUUCCAGUUUCGCCCGGCACUGACUCAAGAUACGGAUUAUGCAAUUGUUGUGCUGUUAUGUGACCGUUAACAACAACAAUGUGAGAGACGUUUAUUCUAAGUGCAACUAACUUUUGUUUAAGUUGUGUGACGUCACCGCAAUGACGUCAUCCCCUGUUAUGAACUUCUAUAUUACUAGCAUUUCUUCGCUCUGUGCGCCGCACUGUGAAUACACAAAUAUUUCACACUGA